AGAUAAGUUUCCCUUAUUUGACGGGGCUGGAGAUGGAGUUUCAGAGCAGGAGGCGCGCAGUGCGCAGUAACCGAGAACAGUGAAUAAACAUCAGAUGACAGAUCUCAGCGCAUGCCAGCUGCGAGGAACGGCAGAGGCGGUGAGUUAAGACUUGGACAAGAUCCUUGGGGCGUCUUUUCAAAUUGGAGUACACCUGGUGAAACAGGAGGAGUGAAUGAAGGUGGAAGAGGGUGCCAACGCACAAGUGCUAGACUGCGCCAAACCAAUCUGAGAUUACAAAUGACUCAGAGCCGUAUGUUUCCACCUUUUACAGCCUCGGCUGAGUGAGUAUUCUUGAGUUAUGUGGAUUUGGAGAAGAGAAGGAGCUCUGCGUCGCUCCAUCCCAAGAGAAGCGCGCUAUUGUUGAGAGACGCGCGGAGAAGCUCCUAAAAAGAAUAAACUCGCUCCAGAUUGUGACUUUUUAAUAAUCUGCUCAGAAAUGAGGGAGAGUUGUGUGCUUGAGGUGUGAGGAAAGACGAACAUAUUUAGUCCUGAACAAACGCGCAAAAACACUGAUAUAUUUCGGGACAACUUUUGGGGUGAAUGAUGUCAGCGUUGCGGAAGAAAUUUGGGGACGAUUAUCAGGUGGUGACCACCUCGUCCAGCGGCGGCGGGUUCAACCAGGCGGCCCCCGAGAAGAGAAAGAAACGUCAGCGCUUUGUGGACAAGAACGGCCGCUGUAACGUCCAGCACGGGAACCUGGGAGGAGAAACCAGCCGGUACCUGUCGGACCUGUUUACCACUCUCGUGGACCUCAAAUGGCGCUGGAAUCUGUUCAUUUUCAUCCUUACCUACACGGUGGCGUGGCUCUUCAUGGCCUCGAUGUGGUGGAUCAUUGCCUUUAUACGUGGAGACCUUUACCAGGCCCACGAUGAUAAGUACACACCGUGCGUGGCCAAUGUGCACAACUUUCCCUCCGCUUUUCUCUUUUUCAUCGAAACCGAGGCCACUAUCGGCUACGGUUACCGGUACAUUACAGACAAGUGUCCGGAGGGCAUCAUUCUGUUCCUCUUCCAGUCCAUCCUGGGGUCUAUAGUGGAUGCUUUUCUCAUCGGCUGCAUGUUCAUCAAGAUGUCCCAGCCGAAGAAACGGGCAGAGACGCUGAUGUUCAGCGAGCACGCAGCAAUAUCCAUGCGCGACGGCAAACUGACCCUCAUGUUCCGCGUCGGUAACCUGCGGAACAGCCAUAUGGUCUCCGCGCAAAUACGCUGCAAACUACUCAAAUCCCGUCAAACUCCUGAAGGUGAGUUUUUGCCUCUGGAUCAACUUGAAUUGGACGUUGGUUUCAGUACUGGAGCCGACCAGCUCUUCUUGGUGUCUCCUUUGACGAUAUGCCACGUGAUUGACUCCAAGAGCCCAUUCUAUGACCUGUCGCUGAGGUCCAUGCAGACAGAGCAAUUUGAGAUUGUGGUUAUCUUAGAGGGGAUCGUGGAGACCACUGGUAUGACAUGCCAGGCGCGUACCUCAUACACAGAGGACGAGGUUCUGUGGGGACACCGUUUUUACCCGGUCAUUUCUCUGGAGGAGGGUUUCUUCAAGGUGGACUAUUCACAGUUCCACGGCACUUUCGAGGUUCCCACACCUCCACACAGCAUUAAAGAACAAGAGGAGAGUUUGCUCCUGUCCUCGCCUCUGACAGCCCCCUCCCUGUGUCACAGUGCAGGCGGGGUGACGGAGGGCAGCGGCAUCCUGGAGGGUCUGGAACUCCAGAGCGAUGCAGAAACGAGCACCAUCAAUAUAGCAACCCCCAUGCUCACCAACAAACUGCCUGCCAAACUUCAGAGGCUAACAGGGCGGGAUGUCCUCAUCCGGGACGGGAUGCCACGAAAGCUUCUGCGCAUGAGCUCGGAGAUCACCUACAACCUGGGCGACCUGCCUGUCAAACUCCAGCGCAUCAGUUCAGCUCCAGGAGUGGCAGAGGAGAGACUUCACCCAACCAGUUCUGUAUUUAGCCCCAUGGAGGACAGGCUAGCUCCUAAGAUGGGCUUGGUGGGCGGAGUCGAACCCAUCAGCCAAUCAGUGACAGAUCUACCCCCAAAACUGCAAAGGUUGGCUGGAGGGGUUGGGGUAGGUGGAGUCGGAAUCGGAGGGAGAAUGGAUGGCCAUUUGCCUCCCAAACUGAGAAAAAUGAAUUCCGAGAGGUUCACGGGGUUAAGUUUUAAAUGAACAGACUUCUGCAUAUACAUGUUCUGCCCAUUUACCUCUUCUGAAAUUGCAAUGCAGUAAAAUGGACAAUCUACAUUAUAGCCAUUUAUAUAUGGAUCAAAUAUUAGAUCAAUGCUAAUCCUCUGCACAAUCUGGCAUGUUUUAACCACAAACAGCAUGAAAGAAUUCCUUUUCAACACCUAAUUAUAGGGAGUAGAUACUAUAACGAUAUUUAUCAAUGAUUCAGUAUAUAGUCUUACUGUAUAUUAGCCUAAUAGCCCAACUUCUCUUGGGGGCUUGCCUAUACUAUAUAUUCAAAUCUUAAAGAACAUCAAUGCAAUUAUCAGUGUUCAAUAUCAGUGAUCCCUGAUAAUACAUGACAACUAUAACCAAUGGCGAUUAGCCUGAGUUAGCCAUUUGGGGUUUUAUCAAUGGAUUGGUUAUUGUGGUUCACAAUAAAACAUUGAGAGAUCAGUUGCUCUGGUCUUUAAACAUUUUGGGGCAUUUACUGAAAUGUAAUGAAUUUUUGGAUGACUCAGGUUAUGUUUCAUUUUUGUAAUCUAUUGCAUGAUCUAUCAUUUCAUAAUCUAGCCAGAUUAUCUCAUGUUGCAGAUUAAGCCUUAACUAUAAGUUGCCAGAUACACAAUACUGUAAAAUACCAAACAGGACAGCCCAAAUGUCGACAAGUAUUUUAUAAAGAAAUUAGACAAUGUGGAGUUUUAAAUUGUCACUUUUUAAGCUUUUCUUAAGGUGCGUACACACUGCCAGCGACUUUGUCGCUGCAGGUCGCCAGUGGCUGGCGGUGAAGUCACUAGUGGGCGUUCCCACUACUGGUUGCCUAGUAACGUUUAUAAAUGACACUCAUGGAUGUCAUUACAUUGCUGUUGACAGCAAAUCUCUUUUCUUGCCACUAAAAACAAACAUUUUGGAGGGAAAAGACUAAAUAUAAAUGGAAUCAGUACAUAAAAUGCUUUAUAUCAAAGAUGAAUGAGAAACAAGGCGUGCUGUUUGCCAUAGCGGCGGUUUAUCUGCUGCGAAAACGCAAAUGCCGGUCUGUCUGGGUCCAUAAAAUCCCUGCGAUCUCAGAUACACCUUUCCACGCAGUAUUUUUCUUAAAAAUGUCCUUGUACAUGGGAAGAGACAUAUCAUAGAGCACUGGAAAAUUGCUAACAGCAAGAAUUAUCCUUUCAUCCAUCUUUCCAUUACUACAGGAGCUGAGAGAGAGAGAGAGAGAGAGAGAGAAGGAUCACGUGAGCUCUCCCGUCUUCUCUCCUAUUGGCUGUCGCUUCCGUAAGUCACUCUUCAUUUCAAUAAAGUUGAACUUGUUGUCUCAACUUUGUCGCAUCGCUGGACACGCCCACAUCUAGUCUCCAACGGUCGCGACAGUUCGUGUCGCCGGAAGUCGCUGUGCUCUCAUUGAAAAUGAAUGGGAUGGAGUCGCUGUCUCGCGCGAUGUCGCAGGCAGUGUGUACACACCUUUAGCUGUCGAAGAACAAGUCUUUUAGGAUCGCACAGUAUUCUACAUUUGGCUCCUAAUACUUAACCGAGUUUAUAUAUGAUGUUUGUCGAUGAUCGUUUUUUGCUGUUCUCCGUUUAGCAUUUUAAACUUGAAACAUUGAAACGUUCAAAUAUUUUCUGGACCUGAAUAACUUGAGUAUUGUGGACAGAUGGGUUAAAGUGGGAAAAACCCCCAUCGAAGACAGAAAUGAGCACAAUGGAUGUGUGUAUAUCAGUUUGACCAUGCUUUUUAGAUUUUGAAGAACUUGUCAACGUUGUUAUGGCUUUGUUAAACUCUUGUGUUUGAAAACCGAAGCAAUAAUAUUAUAAAUUGCAGUGAAACCGCUGGCUGGACAAAUCUUGUACCUUGUGUUACGUUAACGUUAAACGGUUUGACAGUUUUCUUAUUGUGUUUAUCUCGAUAGAUUCUAUUCUACUUCUGACAAAUAUGAGAACAGCAGUUGGAGUGAUUAAUAAUACUGUAGUAAAUGUGUUGUGAUGUUUAAUAUGUCUGUUAUAAGAGGAAGCUAUUGAAGGAUGAAUGUCCAUCUGAAGCCAUCACCACAGUAAGUCCAAGUUCAGAGUGGACUGGCCUAUGUUUAAAGCCUUUCUGCUCAUUAGUAUUGGCAGAGGUCUUCCCCACAAAUAAAGCAGUUUGAUCUGGUUUGACCCUGCUGUGUUGAUGCUGCUCUUUGGAGGAGUCACAUGGAUCGAUUCAGUAGCCUUGGGAUUUCUGUCCUUUUACUGCUGUUCUGAAGGACUGUCUAUUUUCCAUGUGGGAAACAUUUUAUAUUCUAUAAAAAACAAAUGUCUAUUUGUAAUCAGUAUUCCAGUGCAGCAAAAC